AAAGACAGGGAAGGAGGAGGUCUGUCUGAACUCCGCCCACGGUCUUGGAUCAUCUCGCAUUCCUUCUUUACGGCCCCUCACGCUGUGGAUAGAGAGAGAAAAAGAAAGAGAAACGCAAGACGGGCACUCGGAAGAAGGAGAAAGGCAGUAGCGCAACGACCAUGGCAUUAUCCACAACGUCUCAGCAUGAGAUAGUGUCCGACCACAGAGCACUUCUGCCAUCGUCGACCACAGCACGGAGCACGCAGACGCACAGUCGACAGACUCCUAAUGAUGAAUGAGGAGUUGUACCUGGGCCGCGGACAAAAUGAGGGUCAUCUUCAUCCAAAACGCCGGUUUCGUCGCAGCUUUUUCGCCUUUCUCGUGAUGUUGGCAGUGUGUAGGACGACAGAUGAUGUGAACGAGAUAGAAUUAACCAUAGACAGAUUGCGCCAGUCAAUUAAGGAGUGAGGAGAGCAGAUUUUUUUCCUUUAAUUGGAUAGAGCUUGCAGUUUUAUUGUAGCCAGUAUCUUGGAAUCGAAAGCAUUCAGCUUUCGGCAUGCUGACUGCUGUCGAAACCUGACUACGGCUAUAUUUUAUUAUAUAUUGGCACUAUAAUUAUUCUUAUGCAGCGAUAGAGGAGCUUAUUAUGGAGUGAUCAUUUUAAACCAGUGUACUCCAUUAGUAUUGAUUAUAUAGCGAUAAUAACAUGAAUAGGUGAGAUCAAAGCCAAUUGAUCCACCAAGACAAUCUGGAAAUGUUAGUUUCCACAUGUGAUAACAUCACUAGCGUUAUUCCUUGUAAUUUAUUUAUUUAUUAUUACUAUUGUUAGGCCUAUAAGUAUUAUUGUAUCAGUUGUUUAAGUAGGUAGUUAAGAAUAUUUAACAGGGGGAAGGUAGUUUUAACACUUCCCUAGUGAAAUGGAAACCGCUUAUCUAUCGCCCCACCGGGGGACCACCCGUUCAGAGUCCCAGAGGGGCCAAAACACGGUGGGCAAGCCGGCGACGGGCGCUCCCUCCCCUGCGCCUCCAGCUCCACCUCCACCUGCCGACAGCUCACCUGAGGAGACCCCAGCAGGCGGUGAUGGACGGAGGAACUCUGGCGUGAAGAAACACCACCACAAGCACAACCUAAAACACCGCUACGAGCUGUUGGAGACGCUGGGAAGAGGCACGUAUGGCAAAGUCAAGAAGGCCAUCGAGCGGCACUCCGGCAGAGAGGUGGCUAUCAAAUCGAUUCGGAAGGAGAAAAUCAAGGAUGAGCAGGACAUGGUGCACAUCCGCCGAGAAAUUGAGAUCAUGUCAUCACUCCGCCACCCACACAUCAUCUCAAUAUAUGAAGUGUUUGAAAACAAGGACAAGAUUGUGAUUGUGAUGGAGUACGCCAGCAAAGGCGAGCUGUAUGACUACAUCAGCGAACGUCGGCGCCUGAGUGAACGAGAGACGCGACACUUCUUCAGACAGAUAGUCUCUGCUGUGCACCACUGCCACAAGAAUGGAGUGGUGCACAGAGAUUUGAAACUGGAAAAUGUGCUACUGGAUGAAAACUGUAAUAUUAAGAUUGCUGACUUUGGGCUGUCCAACCUCUACCAUAAAGACAAGCUGCUGCAAACCUUCUGUGGUAGCCCGCUCUAUGCUUCACCAGAGAUUGUCAAUGGAAGACCGUACCGUGGCCCAGAGGUUGACAGCUGGGCUCUUGGGGUGCUGCUGUAUACCCUGGUCUAUGGAACUAUGCCAUUUGAUGGGGGAGACCACAAGAACCUUAUUCGCCAGAUUAGCAAUGGCGAGUACAAAGAACCCACUCAGUCCUCAGAUGCCCGUGGACUGAUCCGCUGGAUGCUAAUGGUGAACCCUGAGCGCCGAGCCACAGUGGAGGACAUAGCCAAUCACUGGUGGGUAAACUGGGGCUGGAAGAACAGUGUGUGCGACUGCGAGACUCAGCGUGACCAUGGAGGCUCCCCCAUGCUGGCCCGUUUCAUCGACUGGCAGAACCGCACUGAGCCACGUGGUACUGGAGCCAAAGCUGCAGCCCAGCCCCAGAUGCUGCGCCAAAGACCCAAAAAGUCCAAGAAGGAAAAUGUCGAGGCGGGACAGCCCCACAGUGGAGUAGAGGACAAACCAGGUCUAAAGAGGCCCAAGGGCAUCCUGAAGACCAGGGUUACUGAGGAGCAGCAGUCUGUUGGUCUUGAAGAAGUGGAGCUAGGUCAAGCAGUGCUGCCUCAACAAGCAGAAGAUGGAGAGGAAGCCUCAAGCCCAGAUCGAGAGGAAGAGGAGCCAACUCUGGGAGGUGGCUCUCCAGCCAAGAUGGUGCCCUCUCUACCUAAGAAAGGCAUCUUGAAGAACAACCAACAGCGGGAAUCAGGGUACUACUCUUCCCCAGAGCGUAGUGAGUCCUCCGAGCUUCUAGGGGGUGCUAGUAUGUCUCUGCUAGCCACAUCCCCACCCAAAAGGCUGAUGGGGAGAAAGGGCAUCUUGAAGCGAAAUGGCAAAUACUCCACCUACAGUGGGCCACCCUCAUCAGUUGCAGUGGCGGGAGUCCUCGGUGAGCCUCCUCCCCCUACUGAUGCCGGUCUGUCCCGCAGUCAGAGUCGGCCCUCCAGUAUAGUUGGGGAGGACAGCUGCGUACUAUCCCUGUCGCCUAGCUCCCUCAGUGGGGCUGAGUGGCACCCCUCUACCACGCACCUUCGCCCAAACAUCAGGGCUUGUGUCUCGGCUGAAAACCUGCUGCAGCUUGCCAACUUCAAGGGCUUUCAGGCAGCCCCACCUCUCCAGGGACCCAAGUUCAGCCUCGGCCCGAAAACAAAGGGUUCCCCAGGGGAUAAUGGCAGCUUCUCCUUGCUGGGGGAUCUGGAGGACAUGACUCAGGUGUACCAGCAAGCCCUGGACAUCAGCAGCAACCUCAGCUAACAGACAGGUGGCAUAGAGAGAAGAAGAGGGAUUCAAACAUGACUACAUGCGUGUGUGUACGUGUGUUUGUGUGUGCACUGAAAUUUAUGUGUGGCAUUAACGACCAGUGUGUCACUGGGAUACACCUUUAGGAGGUUGUGGCUUUUCAAAUAGGGUUGAAAUCCUGAUAGAAAAGUUAGAACUGUGCUCACACACAUGCACACACAAUUGCAUGCAGUUAAAUGCACUUCUCUGGCCAGAGGAAAUUCAGUUAAGGUUUUUUGCGAACAGGAGAGAGCUGGCCACCCAGUCUGCUCUCUCAGCCUGCUGGGAGACUUUGCUAUGUUCAACAUGUUUACAUAUUCAGCAAGAAGGCAAGUUAGAAUCACAAACGCAGCAACCAGAAGCUGGUUGGCUCUCCAUGACCGCCACCCAUUUUGAAUAGGAGUUUACAAAAGCACCUUAAAAACUCACACAGAGCACAUGCUUUUGUGAUCUUUACUUUCUUUAAAACAAAGAAACAAACCAGGGUCUUGUUCCAAAAAAAAAAAAAAAGU